GAACUUGGGGUGUUGCCUUUAUGACCCGUGCGGACUUGGGGAUUUCCCUCCCUCAGUGUCCGUUUCCUUCUCCUGGAAAAUAGGCAGCCUGUCUCAUGGGUGGUGGGGAGAGGAACAUAAAAUAGGAGGGCAUUGGGCUCAUUGCAGGAGGUCAUUUACACACUGUGGUGUUGCAUCCACGGGUUUGUGGUCUCACCUGCAAGUACAGAUUCAGUGUGGACCAGAGUGGACUCAGGACUCGGACCUCAGCCAUUUGUAGGUUCUGGCCCUGGCUGGUGGUAGUGGGUAGAUGGGUAAAACAUUCUUAAAUAAACUACAGCGGAUGAGAUGCAUCGUCUUUGAUUCAGUUCAGCUCAACACGUAUUAAUUGAAUGUCUGCUAUGGGACCAGACUCUUCCUUAGAUGCUGAGGACACAGGGGGAAGGAGGCCGUUAGGGUUCCUGUCCUGCCAUCUCCGCUUCCUAGGCCUGGUAUUGACCAUGACUGACCCUCUCUCGUUAGAUUAUGUGUUGACUGUGAUUCAGGCAGUGUGGACAACUGUGUAUUGGUCUGCUCUAGCUGCUAUAACAAGACCACGGCCUAAGUGACUUAAACAACAGAAGUUUAUUUUUCUCUCAGUUCUGGAGGCUGGAAAUCCAAGGUCAAGGUGCUGGCAGGGUUGGUUUCUCAGGAGACCUCUCUUCUUGGCUUAAAAACAGCUGCCGCCUUCUCCCUGUGUCCUCACGCGGCCUUGGCUCAGUGAGCACGCGCUCCUGCCGUCUCUUCUUCAUCCUCUAAGGACGCCUGUCCUAUUGCAUCAGGACCCUACUCUUCUGCCCUCAUUUAACCUUAGUCACCUCCUUAAAGGCCCCACCUCCAAAUACAGUCACCCAGGGCGGGUUGGGGGGCAGGUUAGGGCUUCCACAUUUGAAUUUGGAGGGGGGACGCAGUUCAGUUUAUAACAACUGGUAAAUAUUUUAUAGAUGUGAGCAUUAUUUGGCAGAGACUAACUAGACUUCCUGCCCCUUUCUUGCAAGUUGGGUCAGAAUGACCUGACUGAACCCCCCAUCGGCCAGAAAAGAGGGCAGACCUCCAUAAUAAUUUACUGUGGCUUUGUUGGGGUGAGAAAGGAAUCAUUGUAAAAACCUCAUCUGGAUGGAUGCUGAAGAUGGUAUUGCGACCCCUUUCAGUCAAGUGAAGUCGUUGGAGGCCCACCUUGUGGGGGAGACGUGGGUGCGUAAGGCACUGGGCUGGGUGAGCAGAAGGGAAGGGAAGGUGUUUUCCCGGCUCUUGUCAGCGACGGGGCAGUUAACACUCCGAGCAGAGUGAGACUCAGUGCCGCUCUUACUUAGGACCAUGAGUGGGACUUGGGGGUGGAAACGGGGGAGCGAUGCACAGAAGGACCUCUCAGGAGGCCCUGCCCCUGCACAGGUACCUGCUUUUGCCUGUGAUCUUACAAAAGAACACUCUCCUAGGGAGGGUCUUAGAGUCCUGGAAAGAGUCUCUCCUUGGGCCAUACCCUGGGUCAGCAUCUGCCUGUUGGCAUGGGGACAGUGAAGUAGCUUGACUGACAGUCUCUUUAAAACUGCAUCCAGGAGUUCCCUGGUGGCUCAGUGGGUUGAGGACCCAGCGUUGUCACCGCUGUGGCCCAGGUCGCUGCGGGUUUGAUCCCUGGUCAGGGAACUUUUGUAUGUUGCAGGCGUGGCCAAAAAACAAAAACAAACAAAAACAAACCUGCAACCUGCGGGGCAGGAGUGGUCCCCAGAGCAAAGUCAGGGUGCCGUUAGUAGGAGGGUGAACGGAUGCAGGGCAGGGAGGAGCCUGCCUGUCCACUGCCCUCUCCGUUGGGAUUGGAAGCAACUUGAAGGAUAGAUCCAUGCUCUGCCGGACCUAGAUCAUUGUCUUAUCCAGAGGCAAUCUCCCUAAAUCGCUUGCUGGAGGAUGGACUCAUUGUCACAUCCUUUUAGGGACAUACUCUCCAGCCCCUUCCAUCCACCCUGCCUUGUGCCCAGAUGCCUUGGCUGGCCCAAAGCGAGCAGCAGGGAACACAGGUGGACCGGAUUUUGAAGAUGGGAAUGAUUUAAAUAAGAAAAGACUUAGGGUGGAGACAAGGCUGGUUGGCUUUGGUGGGGCCUGGAUCUCCGGAGACUGAUUUCAGCCCCUUUUUUGGAUUAGACCUCCCCUUACUGCCAGGCACUGUGCUGCCUGCUUUGUCACUGUGGGUCCAGGGCUUCAGAGUAUGGUCUUGGGGUUUAGCGAGACCCAGCCCUCCUACUCAUUAGCUGUGUGCCCCAGGGCAAGUUACUUAGCGCCCUCAGACUCCAUUUAAACUCACUGAGAAAGAAAGCAGGUUUUCGCAAGAAUUUAAUGAGUGAGCGGUUGAGAGGUUUAACAGGCGGGUGCCCAGUGCCUCGGAUCCCUGGCAAUGAUCGUGAUUACCAUUAGCUGGUGUGAAUGAUCUCCCAGCUCCUCUGGAGCGGACACUUAUUACUCCAUUUUAAAGAUGAGCAAGUUCAGGCUCAGUUCUUUGGGGAGUAGCAGGGAUUCGCCGGCUUUGAGAGGUUGCUAUAAAAUCCAUCCGUAAGGACAAAAUUAAGGAUGAACAAGACAUGGUUCACAUCAGACGAGAGAUUGAGAUCAUGUCAUCCCUCAGCCAUCCUCAUAUCAUCAGUAUUUAUGAAGUGUUCGAGAACAAAGAUAAGAUUGUGAUCAUCAUGGAGUACGCCAGCAAAGGGGAGCUGUACGAUUACAUCAGCGAGCGGCGCCGGCUCAGCGAGCGGGAGACCAGGCACUUCUUCCGGCAGAUCGUCUCCGCCGUGCACUAUUGUCACAAGAACGGCGUGGUCCACCGGGACCUGAAGCUGGAGAAUAUACUGCUCGAUGACAACUGUAAUAUCAAGAUUGCUGACUUUGGGCUUUCCAACCUGUACCAGAAGGACAAGUUCUUGCAAACAUUUUGCGGGAGCCCACUCUACGCCUCUCCUGAAAUCGUCAACGGGAGACCUUACCGAGGGCCAGAGGUGGACAGCUGGGCCCUGGGCGUGUUGCUUUACACUCUUGUUUAUGGAACAAUGCCCUUCGACGGUUUCGAUCACAAAAACCUCAUUCGUCAGAUCAGCAGCGGAGAGUACCGGGAGCCCACCCAGCCCUCAGAUGCUCGAGGACUCAUUCGGUGGAUGCUGAUGGUGAACCCCGACCGCCGGGCCACCAUCGAGGACAUCGCCAACCACUGGUGGGUAAACUGGGGCUACAAGAGCAGCGUCUGCGACUGCGACGCCCUUCACAGCUCUGAGUCCCCGCUGCUGGCCCGCAUCAUCGACUGGCACCACCGCUCCACGGGGCUGCAGGUGGAGGCGGAUGCUAAAGUGAAGGGCUUGGCCAAACCCGGGGCCCCUGAGGUCGUGCUGGAGCGGCAGCGGUCGCUGAAGAAGUCCAAGAAAGAGAACGACUUUGCUCAGUCCGGCCAGGACGCGGUGCCCGAAAGCCCAUCCAAGUUGAGUUCCAAGCGGCCCAAAGGGAUCCUGAAGAAGCGGAGCAACAGCGAGCAUCGCUCUCACAGCACUGGCUUCAUCGAAGGCGUCGUCAGCCCCGCCUUGCCCCCCACCUUCAAGAUGGAGCAGGACCUGUGCCGGACAGCCGUGCCCCUGCCCAGCUCCCCCGAGGCGGAGGUGCCGGGCAAACUCAGCCCCAAGCAGUCGGCCACGAUGCCCAAGAAAGGCAUCCUGAAAAAGACCCAGCAGAGAGAAUCGGGUUACUACUCGUCCCCGGAGCGCAGCGAGUCUUCGGAGCUGUUAGACACUAACGAUGGGCUGGGUGGCCCUGUCCCGUCCCCGAGCCCCCCGGACGCAGCCAGGGCGCCUCCCCACAGCCUCUCCUGCCGCAGGAAGGGCAUCUUGAAACACAGCAGCAAGUACUCAGCAGGCACCAUGGACCCGGCCCUGGCCAGCCCUGAAAUGCCCACACUGGAAUCCUUGCUGGAGCCCGGCGUCCCCGCCGAGGGCAUCUCCCGGAGCUACAGCCGGCCUUCCAGCGUCAUCAGCGACGACAGCGUCCUGUCCAGCGACUCCUUUGACUUGCUCGACUUGCAGGAGAAUCGCCCCGCCCGCCAGCGCAUCCGCAGCUGCGUCUCUGCCGAGAACUUCCUCCAGAUCCAGGACUUUGAGAGGCUCCAGAACCGGCCCCGGCCCCAGUACCUGAAGCGGUACCGGAACCGGCUGGGAGACAGCAGCUUCUCCCUCCUCACAGACAUGGACGAUGUGACUCAGGUCUACAAGAAAGCGCUGGAGAUCUGUAACAAACUCAACUAGCUCCCCCGGGGCACAGGGGCGGGUUGGGGUGGGUACGAGGGAGGAGUCGGGGCAGUGACUAGGCUGAGGAGCCAGUUACCUCUUGCUGGCCGUGACAAUAGACUGAAAAAGGAUUGGGGAGGUCUUGCUUUGGCUCUGUUUGCAGCCUUGAGCAGCGCCUAAAAGGGAGAAGUGGGCUCUCUGCCAGUCCUGCCUCCUGCCAGUCAGAAUUUGGAUCCUAAUUGGCAUUUGCUUGACGGCACCUCUUGAGGACCAGCUGUCCAGGGGAGGUGGUGUUGGCCGGCACUUAGCGGGCAGGGAGGAAGCAUAUGGGUGAGGAAGCAUCUCCCUAGAAGUCGUCCACAUGCUUCUGGAGGAGGGGCCAGACAGACUGGGGCCAUCUGCUUUGAGGGAACUCAGCUUGUUCCUUCUGUCCUCACAUUAGCAGGCUUGGUCUGACCGCAGGAGGUCGGCAGGCAUGUAGAUUUCAGCUAGCCGAGCUUGGGUCGGUGAUCGAUUGAUAGUGGCUGCUGGGUGUGCUGGUUGGCGUGGCCCAGACAGGUGGGAGGAGUGCUGUGAUUGAAUAGUAAGGGCUGCCGUAGGGAUGGGAAGUGGGGCAAUAGCACUCACGUCUCCUACGUGCCAUCCUUGACCUGGCUAAGCCCUGGGAAGGGUUAGUGUUGACAUAGAUCCUGUGGGAUCUCUGUUAUCUCUUUGAUGCCACUAGGAUGGCAUGUGUUAGUUUGCUCCUCUACCUUGAAUGGAAGACAGGGCCUGGGUGAGAGAGAGAAUGCGCUGAACACUGCUAAGGACUGCUAAGUCAGCCCAUGGUGCUCUUCUGGCUUCUUGUUGUCUGCCUCUUCUUUCCUGGUGUGUGCCUGGCUCUUCAGCACAACCUCCCGAGGGUGGGCAGGGAAAAAGAUGGUGGUGUCAAAGGUCAGAUCUAUGGUGUAGAACAUCUCAGGACCCUCUGUGGUCUUUGUGUGGAUGAAUGGACAUUGAGCCACACCAGCAAGGGGGCAACUCGUCUGUUUAACAUCUCAAUAUUAACUGGAACGCCGCCUCGCAGGGUCUCACCUGCAUGAAUGCUUUGAAUGGGGGGCGAUACUGUCCGUAAUCUCCAAGGAGUAGCUGGCUCAGCCAUUUACCCCUGUUUACUCGUGGCAGAAAACAGUGGUUUUCCCAUCCACUGAGUGUAGACUCUCCUCCGAGGUAGGCGAAUUUGCUUGCAGGGAGUUGGUGUGUUGGUGGGAUAUUUGGAGGAAGGGAAAGUCAGGCAGAAGGUGUUUCCCCCCCCAGAUCUAGGUCGUCUCUGUCAUGAGUUUGAAGUCCUAGGCUUCGGGGGCCAAAGUUCCAGCCAUUGAACUGAGUAAGGUGCUGAAAGAGCAGAGUGGGUUGGGAGGGAGUGUGCAGGAGAGGAAAGCUUUCCUUAGAAGUCCACCAGAUGGUUUUGGGGCAGGGAGCAGAGGAGGAGUGGGACAGGACUCUUACCUUAAAAAGUAACGUAACUGGGCAUUUAACUUCCAGACGGUCAGAUUAUGGGUCCAGAUUAAGAGAUGACUCCCACAGCAGGACAUCUUCAGGUACUGAGUUUGGAAUGACGGUCUCAUUUGGGACUUUGGGCUGAUUUCUCAUUCUCCUGGGCCUGGCAAAGGGACCCUCUUCUUUCAAGACGGCCCACUAGCUAGCCACCUAGAUAUUUAAGGAGGACUUGCCUUGGAGGUAUUUUGGGGGAAAACCAAGAGAUAAUAGUUCAUGGGGAGAUGAGAAGGAAUUCACCUUCAGGCACAAAGAGCAUUCCUUAGAAUGAAACUGCCCUUUCCCUAAGGAGAUGGCUCCAUUUCUCCGCUUGCCACCAGCACUGGGGUCUUGGCUUGUGUUUUCCUUCUGGUUGAGCUGGGCAGGGUCCUAUGGGAAGCUUCUCGGUCUCCUUUCAUGCAAUUCCACCUCCACCCUCAACUCCAAUGUAGGGUCAAAGGGAAAAAAAAACCUGUAGAUAGCAAAUUAUGUAUGUGUGCCUGAAAGGCAUUCUGCAACCUCUGAGCUCCCUCCUCCUGGACCCCAUGUUAUGCAGCCUUUCCUGGGCAGCCUAUGCUGCCUGCCACGCUGCUGGUCCCACCUGCAUGGCAGCCGGCCUGGUGGGUAGCUGUCAGUAUGACUUUGGGAUAACAUCCACCGACUGGUCGAUGCCUUUUCCUUUUGCCCAAGUGGUUGUGUCUGCUUAGUGUUUUUCAUCCUUCUAGGCUUUGAAGUAAAAAUGACACUAUUAGGGAAAAAUCAUUCUAAUCUCCUCCCCCCACACCCCCCAAAUACAGGUAUGUCCUCUUUCGUCAAUAGACCGAAACUGUGGAUUAUGGCAAAGCGUCCUCCACUCAGAUGCAGAGAUUGAGUUGAGUCUUGGUGGCUUCAGUGUUUCGGGGGCUGAGUUUCCCCUUCAGUGAGAGCUGGAAGGGUGGCUUAGCUGGUCUCUCAGGCCCUGCCUAGUCCUGACAUUCUGCUAACAUCCUCCAAUUCUAGAGCGAUGUUGACUCUGUCCUUUCAAGGAAAAACUUGGAAUAGAGGGGAAAGGAAGCCCUGAAAAGCAACUCCUUUGCUUCCUGAUUCAGUCCUAUCAUCCCUACCAGCCAGUCCCAGCCAAGAAAGUCCUGCUUGAUUCAUUUCCAUGGAAUUACGCGUGAGAGGCACUUUGACGACCUGGUGGACCAAGCGGGAGAUUCCAGAUUAGCGCUCCUGGUCCUCUCCUUGCUUCCUUGGGCCUUUCAGUGUCUUAGUUUACACAUCUGCCAAAGGAGUAGAAUGAUACUUCUUUCUUAACAGGUAAAUUUCAAGGCCUGAUCAGUUUUCAGGAAGUGCUUCAAGACCCCAGGCGAAAUGAAAAUGCUAAGUACUCUCUGAAUUUCCGUCCCUAUUAUAAGGUGCUGCUUCUGCAGAUGACAAAGGAGCACCUUGCAGGGUGAGAAUCUCAGAUGGGUGUUGGCCGGGCCUGCUGCCUUGAGUACAAAUGUGAAUGACUGACUGACUGCUUAUUGCCAAACUGGAAAUGUUCUGUAGGGGUUUACUGGCAUGGUAUCAUUCCUAGAAGAAGAAAAAAAAAAAAAAAGAAACUUGACUGCACAUUUUUUUUUUUUUAAAUCCGUGUUGUGACUUUUAUUUAAUUUCUAUUUUUUUGGUAAUAAAAAGUUGACUUUUUUAUUUGAAUUUGUCUUUUUUAUUUAUUGGUCUGAAAGGCAUUUCAAAGGUAUUAUAAUAAUAUAUUGGUGUAAUUUAAUUGGUGCAACAUGUUUAAUGGCUCCAGUAAAAAUUGGUUUUCAUUCAUUGGAUUGGUUUGAGCCCAGGACUGCCUACAGGAGAGGAAAAAAAAAAAAAAAAAAAGCCAGAUAACUACCCAGAGUGUUUGUAUUUUCAUUGGAAACUGAUUUUUGUUUUGGUUUUUUGGUUCCUGUUUUUAUUUUUAAAUUAAAUAAAUUGCCAUGAAC